AAAACAUCAUUAGCUGCUCCUACAUAUAUAUAUAUAUCCUAAUAGGAGCUAUGCUUGGUCAUAUAAGAACUGUAGUAUUUCUUUUUCGUUAAGACUGAUUAGAAACCAAAGGGUAUUCUCAAAGCAAAUAUCUUCUUUGAGAUUUUUUUUUUUAAAAAAAAAAUUACCUCCAUUAUGUCUACCAUCGGUCACCUCAAGAAAAUUGCCAUCGUCGGUGCAACAGGUCGCCUCGGCCGCUAUUUUGUUGACGAACUUCUCAAGACGGGUCAGCACACGAUCACAGCUUUGACUCGCGGUAAUAGUAGAGACAAACUUCCAGCCGACGUCAACAUUGCCCAAGUCGACUACAGUAGCGAGGAAUCUCUAGUUGCCGCUCUUCAAGGCCAAGAGUUUCUCGCCAUCGUUCUCGCAGCCUCGGCUCCACCAAACACGCAUAGCUUUAUUGUCAAGGCCGCAGCCAAAGCUGGUGUCUCCUACAUCAUGCCUACCACAUACGGCGCUGAUGUUGCCAAUGAGAACAUGGUUCGAGACGAACCUUACCAUCAGGGGGCACUUGCUAAAGUGAAGGAAAUUGAAAGCCUAGGUCUAAACCACAUCACCAUGUGCUGCGGCUUCUGGUACGAGUGGAGUCUGGCCCUCGGAGAGAAUGCCUUCGGCAUUGACAUAAAGUCCAAGAAAGCUAUACUAUUUGACUACGGCGCCACCAAGCUCAGUGUUAGUACUUUCAGGCAGUGUGGACGGGCAUUCGCCGCUCUGCUAAGUCUCCCCGAGAGCGGUGCAACACCAUCAUUAUCGGACUUCAAGAACAAGCCAUUUCGUUUCAACAGCUUUUGCGUCAGCCAGCGAGACAUGCUCGAUAGUGUCCAGCGCGCACAGGGGACAAAUGACAGGGACUGGGAUAUCAAGUCAGAACCGUCAAGUAAGCGUGUCGCCGACGGAUUCACGGAGAUGCGACAAGGUAACAGGUUAGGAUUUGUUAAAGCUAUGUAUUCCCGCGCCUUUUACCCAAGCGCGGAUGCAGACUACGAAGCAAGACACUCGACCUCAAAUGAGAUCCUUGGACUCCCCCAGGAGAGUCUGGAUGAUACCACAGGUGAAUUGGUCAAGGGGUUGGAAGACGGAACGUUCAGUCUUUAACAGCGUGCUGGGGAAAUAUGUAGCAGGGGGGUAUGUAUAACGGAGGUUCGAUCAUACACAUAGUCUUGUAACGCUAAGAUCGGAGCAUCGGGGGCCGUCGACACAGAAGGAAUUUUGUUUGAUUCAGGUACUUCAUCCAGAACUAUAACUAUAGGACUGUUUCAGUGCUACUCAAAAGCCAAUACUUGUGACUCUUAUAGAGGAUCGUAGGCCAAAUUUUCUACCGUUCUGGGAGAGAAUGACCGAGCUUGUUUGGAACUACAAGACAACACGUUAGUGUGUGUCUAAUAAUCA